AUGAAGUCCACGCUCGUCAUCUUGGUGGCCGUGCUGUGCAUGGCUUUGGUCAAUUCCCAUCCGGUUCCCGAAGGAGAACGUCUUCGGUCCGAGGCACUCGAUCGGCUGAUGGUCGUCGAAGCCGACAACGAGACCGCCCUAAGGAGCAAACGGACGAUCGGUAUCCUGCGUGAACUCUUCCCCGAAGCUUCUCAGGACGUGAACCCGGAAGCAGAGGACAGGGCGAACGAGGUAGCAGCCGAGUCGCAGAACAACGAGGUUAAAGUGCAGUUUGCGGACGAACAGCCGAGCGACGAGGCGGCGCCUUUGACGCCGUUGGACGAGGUGGAGGCUGAGGACGACGAGAACAGGAACAAGAGAUUCUUGAACUUCGGCUUCGGCGGGGCCGCUGGCACUUCCGGCGGUAGCGGCGCCGGUUCCGGCAACUUUCUCUUCGACAUUAUUAGGCAAGCGGCCGACGGGGCGGCAAGAGCGGCGGGCACGGUGUACCGCGUGGUGGCAGGUACGCAGAGCCUAGGGCUCGGCUUAAGCGCCUCCCGGGACUUGGGCCCGGCUCCCCAAGAUGCCGCCCCUGCUGCCGCUCCAGCUGGUUCCUCGGCCACGGCGGGAUCCUCGAGCAACACACAGGCCGCGUCAGGAGCCGGCAACCUACCACCGCUGGUGGCCGGAAGCGGAGGACAGGCUAGCGCCGGAGGAAUUGCUGGAAAGACGGAAGAAGUCGCUGAGGCGGUGCCUGGGCCAGUUACCAGGCUCUUCGUCAUCGCGAACAGGGGAAUCUCGAACCUUAUACAGGACCUUAUCCUCCGCCUGGCGGCAACGAGCGAACGCAUCGUCAACUUCAAGGCGAGACUGAUCACUUCCAUCAUCUAGAAUUCGGCGGGAAAGGAAUAGGGUGAGGAAGUACAAGAAAAGAUUCGAAAGGUCCUGACACGUUCGGGGCCACGUCGGAGCCAUUGCCGAGCCGUUUAAACGUCGCAGGAACACGGGUACGACGUUGGCAACGUGACCCACAGCCAGCUCUCUGUUGCCCCCUUGUCCCCGAGGUCCGAAGUACCUCGUCGAUGCUCGACACGUCCUCGUAGACGCGUAACCUCGCGACAUCACGAUUUCGAUAUCACGCGACAGACCCGCGACGAUCCUCUCGUUCUCUCUAUCUCGUCCUCUCCCCCCUCAAAACUCAGUAUCGCUGUGUUCUAUUCUGUUCUCUGCUUCCUAUUUUCAUGUCCUCCAACGUGUUUCCGUGAAACUUCCCCCGCUAUUCCUUUCUAAAGGUACUCUUCGUCCCUUGUAGCGUGUUCCCUAGUGCCCCCCCCCCCCAAUAUUCACGUUUAUACAUAUAGCGUUUAAAAUUAUGUUCUCACGGAGAUUCGACGACCACUGGAUGAAUUUUGCUUUGUACCUUUCUAGAGCACCUGAACUACGCCCGAGAAAUUGGCAAUCUGACGAGUGAUUGGUUUUUAUAUUCGCUGAUACGUAUUAUCUAGAAAUGUUUGCAGUAUUGUGUUCAUACGAAUCACUGAGCUGAAAUCGUUUAGAUGUUAGUCGUACGAAAUGUAUAUCGUCCAGUCGGUGUUCCCGCGUCGAAUCGCGCCAAGCCAAGAAGAAACUUGCGUGGAUUUGUAUAUAGCUCUUACCGGAACGCAACAGUGCCAAGCAUUGAUUGUUUUAUUUUUUUUUUUUUUUUCGUCCUACUUGCAGUUAGCAGCCCUUGUUCUCCUUGUCUAUUGCUUCUCUAAGGGUUGCUAAGCGCGUCGACUGCGGUGAAACUGGAAAAAUUGCUCAACAGCUUGAAAUCCAAUACGCAGAUUAUACCGUAUCAUGAUAAACAGUCCCGAGAAACUCUGUACCGUCUGAUUGUAAACGUUCGUAGUGUAUGUGUCACCCCAACCGCUCGCCAUAGUCGACUUGAACCGGAAACCGCGGAUAUUUUCUUCUCGUGCUUUCCGAUGGCAGGAAAGCGUGAAAAGAAAAUGACGAUCGAACGAUAUUCCAGUCAAGGUGUGUUUAUCCAUGAAUUGAACGCAUUUGUCUAUCUAAUGUAAAUCGU